GCCGACUCCAGCACCACCGCCAGUGACAUUCCGGAUCCACUCGACCUCCAAGCUUCGCCGCCACUGCUGGUGCUGCCUCCAUCUCCCUCCUCACCUUCUGCCUCGACUGCAUCGGCGCCGCCCUCCCCAUCCUCGCCGUCGCCGUCGCCCCCUCGACAAUCUCCAUCGGCAACCCGUUCACCAGUCAUCCCACUCCACCAGACGCCUCUCCCGCAAGCUACGACAGCACCCGCUGCUGCACCGCCCAACAUCAUGGCUCCGUCGGCCAAGGCCGCCGCCAAUGGCGACAAGGAUGGCUUCCACACAGGCAAGGUCUACUCCAUCUCUGGACCUGUCGUUGUCGCCGAAGACAUGCUUGGCGUUGCCAUGUACGAGCUUGUCCAAGUUGGCCACGACAACCUCGCCGGUGAAGUCAUUCGAAUCAAUGGCGACCAGGCCACCAUCCAGGUCUACGAGGAGACUGCUGGUGUCACUGUUGGCGACCCCGUCAACCGAACUGGCAAGCCUCUGUCCGUCGAGCUUGGCCCUGGUCUGCUGAACAACAUCUACGACGGUAUCCAGCGUCCCCUCGAGAAGAUUUCGGAAGCCUCGAAGAGCAUUUACAUCCCCCGCGGUAUCGCCAUCCCUGCGCUCGACCGCACCAAGAAGUGGGAGUUUACGCCCACCGCCAAGGUCGGUGACCACAUCUCUGGUGGUGACGUCUUUGGCACGGUCUUCGAGAACUCCUUCAUCAAGGUCCACAAGGUCCUCCUGCCACCCCGCGCUCGCGGUGUCAUCACCAAGAUCGCGUCCAAGGGCGAAUAUACCGUGGCCGAGAAGAUCCUCGAGGUCGAGUUCAACGGCACCAAGACCGAGUACCCCAUGAUGCAGUCAUGGCCCGUCCGUGUCCCCAGACCCACCACCGAGAAGCUCUCUGCCGAGUCGCCGUUUAUCGUCGGCCAGCGCGUCCUGGAUGCCCUCUUCCCCAGUGUCCUGGGUGGCACCGUCGCCAUCCCAGGUGCUUUCGGUUGUGGCAAGACUGUCAUUUCCCAGUCGGUUUCCAAGUUCUCUAACUCUGAUGUGAUUGUAUACGUCGGAUGUGGCGAGCGUGGUAACGAGAUGGCCGAAGUCUUGAAGGAUUUCCCCGAGCUGUCCAUCGAGGUCGACGGCCGCAAGGAGCCCAUUAUGAAGCGCACAACUCUGAUCGCCAACACAUCCAACAUGCCUGUCGCCGCUCGUGAGGCUUCCAUCUACACGGGAAUUACGGUGGCUGAAUAUUUCCGCGACCAGGGCAUGGACGUCGCCAUGAUGGCCGACUCGUCUUCCCGCUGGGCCGAGGCUCUGCGUGAGUUGUCUGGUCGUCUCGGAGAAAUGCCUGCUGACCAGGGUUUCCCUGCCUACCUUGGUGCCAAGCUGGCCAGUUUCUACGAGCGUGCCGGCAAGACCGUCUGUCUUGGCUCGCCCGAGCGUAACGGCAGUAUCAGCAUUGUCGGUGCCGUCAGUCCCCCGGGUGGUGAUUUCUCGGAUCCCGUCACAACCUCGACCCUCGGUAUCGUGCAGGUGUUCUGGGGUCUCGACAAGAAGCUUGCUCAGCGCAAGCAUUUCCCCUCGAUCAACACGUCCGUCUCUUACAGCAAGUACACGAACGCCCUCGCCAAGUGGUACGAGAAGGACUAUCCCGAGUUCCCCAAGAACCGCGAUCGGAUCAAGACGAUUCUCUCCGACGCUGAAGAGAAGGAGCAGGUCGUCCAGCUGGUCGGCAAGUCUGCGCUGUCGGACCCUGACAAGAUCAUUCUCGAUGUGGCUACGCUGCUCAAGGAGGAUUUCCUCCAGCAGAACGGCUACUCCGACUAUGACCAGUUCUGCCCCAUCUGGAAGACUGACUGGAUGAUGAGACUGAUGGUCGGGUUUUAUGACGAGGCUCAGAAUGCCAUCGCUCAGGGACAAAGCUGGGCCAAGGUCCGUGAGGCCACAUCAGACUUGCAGGCCAAGCUGCGUAGUCUCAAGUUUGAGGUGCCCAGCGAGGGAGAGGAGACGAUCACAAAGAAGUAUGAGGGAAUUCAACAGGAAAUGUUGGACAAGUUCGCAUCGGUCACCGAUGAAUAGAGCACAUUGUUCGGCGUCGGUUAUGAUAGCACUCCUGUUUCAGGCGCGAGAAUCGCAGACCUGAGUUUUUAUAGAUACUACUCAAGUACCAAGCAUAUAUUCUGUAUUGAGACGUUGCCGUUUGAAUUGCAGAUGCCGCGGGCGGAUGAUCACCACACAAGCUGGAACCCUGGAAUCCACAAUCAUCCACAGAAUG